CACAUUUGGCUGGACUGCACCCUGUGCAAGCAGAAGACUCAAGACCUGCUUAGUUGCCUGAUUGACAAGCUAUGAGUUCUGUGCCUCUGCGAAUGAAUCUGAAUGAUGGUCACUUCAUCCCUGUACUGGGGUUUGGAACCACUGUGCCUGAGAAGGUUCCUAAGGAUGAACUUAUCAAGGCUACCAAAAUAGCUAUAGAUGCUGGGUUCCGGCAUUUUGAUUCUGCUUAUUUGUAUGGAAUAGAAGAGGAAGCAGGACAAGCCAUUAGAAGCAAGAUUGCAGACGGCACUGUGAAGAGAGAAGAUAUAUUCUAUACAUCAAAGCUUUGGAGCACUUUCCAUAGACCAGAAUUGGUUCAAUCUUGCUUGGAAGCAUCACUGAAGAAAGCUCAAUUGGACUAUGUCGAUCUGUAUAUUAUUCAUUUCCCAAUGGCUUUGCAGCCUGGAGCUAAGCUAUUUCCAAGAGAUGAAGAUGGAAAUCUGUUGGUGGACCCGGUGAAUCUCUGUGACACAUGGGAGGCCAUGGAGAAGUGUAAGGACGCAGGACUGGCCAAGUCCAUUGGGGUGUCCAACUUUAACCGCAGGCAGCUGGAGAUGAUCCUGAACAAGCCAGGACUCAAGUACAAGCCUGUGUGCAACCAGGUAGAAUGUCAUGUUUAUCUCAACCAGAGCAAAAUGCUGGAGUAUUGCAAGUCCAAGGACAUCGCUCUGAUUGCCUACUGUACGUUGGGAAGUUCACGAGACCCAAUAUGGGUGGACCAAAGCAGCCCCGUUCUUUUAGAAGAUCCAGUUCUUUGUACCAUGGCAAAGAAAUACAACCAAACACCAGCCUUGGUUGCCCUUCGUUACCUGUUGCAGCGUGGGAUUGUGACCCUGGCCAGGAGUUUCAAUGAGAAGAGGAUCAAAGAGAUGAUGCAGGUUUUUGAAUUCCAGCUGACUUCAGAGGACAUGAAAAUCAUAGAUGGUUUGAACAGAAAUUUAAGAUACAAUUCUGGAGAUUAUUUUGAUGGACAUCCCAAUCAUCCAUUUACUGAUGAAUAUUAACAUGGAGACCCUUGUCUGAAUUCCUACCAGAAGAUCUGUUUAUGCAUCAUGAUAUGAGACAAGUCUUGGAUACUGGUCAUUGAACACAUCACAUCUUAUCAGACCUCCUUGUCUUUGUCAAUUCACAGUCAGCUAAAACUAAGUCCGCAGAGCUGUGUGAGAAGUUUGGAAGACAGCAUCAAGAUUAAAGAUACCAAAAUUUCUUAGAUUUUGAAAGAUUAUUUUAUUUUCUUUAUAUAUAUAUAUGUGUGUGUGUGUGUCCUACAAGUGUGUGGACCUUGUGAAUACAGUGUCUAUGGAGGGUGACAGAUCACUUGGAACUGGAGUUACCAAUGGUUAUGAGUCACCAUGUGGGUGUCGGAAGCUAAAUCUUAGUCUUCUCUAAGAGCAGCAAGCCUUUAAACACUUUGCCAGUUCACCAGGUCCUGCCCUAAAGAUUCUUGCCUGCUUCUAUUUCUGUGACUUCAAUGGUUUAUUUCCUUCUGACACCAACCUGAUUUGCCCAGAAGGCUUGGACUGAAGGCAUGAGAUGAUGACCAUCAUUUAGUAGACAUUUUUUGGGGUAGGAGCUGGAAGAAAUUUUAUCAUUUAGGGAAUUACCAGUGAUAGAUUAUUGAGUCAAUAUUGCUCAAAAUUUUUGAGAAAGAAGAAAGUACUCUUCUGUUAAUUUGUUCUUGGUGUGGAGGUGAGGCACAUCUGGCAAAAGUGACCAGGAGUCCCAUGGCUUCCUUCACCAAUCUAAGGACCAGAGCUGCAAGACCAUGGAGAUAAGAUUUCCCCGGGGGAAGGUUGGGAGGUUGGGGGUUGGUAAGAAGAGAACUCAACUAAAAUAUCAUGACACAGAUAUGGGGAGACAGAAGAAAGCUGAACACGUCUCUGCUUACUUGUUACAGGUAAAAUGAAAUCUACAUAUUUUAUCCACGAUAGAGAUCUAGACU